GGGGUCUGCUGUGCUAAAGGGGAUCCAGCGAGCUUGCCGACUCACGCUCGGGGCUUAUGCGGUGAUCAUGAACGGGGAGCAGAGCAGGGCAAGUGUGAGGUGCCAACGGUGCUGUUCAUAGAGGUGGAGAGGAGGGUAUGGGGCACGACCAGGGGCGCAUGUUCAGGCUCAAGAGCGUGUCGUGGCAGGUAUGCGUAUGCGUAUGCGUAUGCGAAUGCGAGAAGAGGGAGCCAAGGCAAGUACGCAGGCGUCGUUCGUUCGCUCGCGGAGGAAUCGGGGCGGGAGAAUUUCGUCGGGGAGGGGACAAGAGGGGAGGAGAGGAAGUUCUGUGCUGAAGAGAAGACGUUGUGGGUAUAACAUGGGGAGGGAGGUUGGCUUGGUUCUACUUUUUGGGUUGAGGGAAGGGUGGGUCAAGUCACUCGGUCUCCUGCUGUAUACUUUUUUGGCACGUAUUUCUCUAUUCCUUAUGGGAGUUGCUAUGUACAGUACAUUAAUAGUUGUUGGGGACGCAGACGCAAACGCGGAGCGCACAAACACCGACCUACCCAUUGUUGCACAGACACACGCAAGCGUAGCCCCCUCCGUUCUCACACAGCGAGAGAAGGAGCAUAGAAAACCCUGAGCCUUGCCUGGCUGGGAACGCGAGAGGGUUUUUUUUGGAGCGUCCAGCUUCCAGAUUUGGGUUCCCUCUCCGGGCUCUUAUCAAUCCAAAGACCGGGUCUCGAGGCACAGCACGGGAAGUGAUGCGCGCAACACGUUGUGAGUCUCGCCCGACUGUCGUGAUAAGGCCCAGUGAGC